AAACUCACUCACAAGUAUUCCUCCUUUUCUAAACUCAUCCAUCUUUUCCUUUGUCCUUCUUAUUCUUCUUCAGAGUCUCCAAAUGGCUGGUGUUGAGGUUGAGAAGAUAGUAUCAAACACAGAAGAGACGACAUCAAACGAGACACCUAAGGAAACCGUUUAUGCAGAUGAUUCAGCCACCGCGGUUGAAGUUGAAAUCAAAGGAGAAGAAGUAGCAAAGGUAGAGAAAGAAACUGACAAAAUCGAGUUAGCUCCGGUUAAAGAGGAGAAAGCAGUUGAAAUAUCGGCAGUUGUGGAGGAGAAAGAUGCUAAACCGGCGGCAUAAACUCCAGCUGAAAAGGAGAAGCCUGUUGAUGGCAAGGCAGUGUAAUUAAGCUUGUUUUUACCUAUGAGAACAUUUUGUUUCUUCUUAAAUCCUAAAUAAGGUGAUGAGUAAUGA